CUUCUCCGCCCCCUCCCGGCCUCCCCGGGCCCCGGCGGUGCGCUCCCCCCGCCGCCGCCGGGCAGAGGCAGCAAAGCUAGAUGCAACCAAAGCAAAAAAGGGGACCAAAAAAUUGAAGAAGAAGAAAAUGCAAAAGCAAACUCGACAGUGCUCUCCACGAGACCACGACCCACAUGGAUGCUCCUCCUCUUCCUCCUCGCUGAUUCACUCGACAGUGCCUUCUACCCCAGCCGCAGACGAGCCGGCCGGCCCCACUCGCCCAGCGCCGGCCCCCAUUUCUGAGCCCUGCGCCGCAGAGAGGGGCGAGCCGACGCGCCGAUGAGACCGAUACGGCUGCCGGAGCCGGAGCCUCCGGGAGGGGCCACGCCGGAGAUCUUCGCCGCGGGCGGCGGCGCGGCGGUGGUGCGCCGCGCCGUCGUCAUCGGCAACGGCUGCGCCGGCGCGGAGGGCCAGUGCCUCGGCCUCCUCCGCGCGCUCGGCCUCGCCGACCGCCUCACGCUCUACCGUGCUAUCAGGCCCACAGGAGGAAUCAACAAGUGGCUGCAUUUUCUCCCAAUCUCCUUCCACAAAAUACUGGAUCAAUUUCUCAGACGCGUAUUUUCUGAUAUGAGAUUUGCAACAUUGGUUCAAGGAAACAAGUUUGUGCAGUAUCCUGUCCAUAACUGUCAAUCAUUUGGACUGUCUUAUGUACUGGAAGCAGAUACUCAAAAGAUGGUGACCAUGGUCCGUGAUACCUUUGAGAAAGAAGGUCCUGCAUUAGUUGUUGCUUGUGGCCGAGAUACCAUAUCGUAUGCAAGUUCCAUAAGGUGUUUAGCUCCAGAUAAUGUGUUUGUCAUUCAGAUACAACAUCCCAGGUUUCACCUUGAUAGGUUUGAUUUAGUCGUGACACCUCACCAUGACUACUAUGCUUUAACUGCAAAAGGACAACAAGAAGUUCCACGCCUUCUCCGGAGAUGGAUUACUCCACAAGAACCACCUGGUCCAAACGUGGUCCUCACUGCUGGUGCACUACACCGAGCAGAUUCUUCUGCAUUACGUUUUGCUGCUGCAGAUUGGCAUGCCGAACUUGCUCCUUUGCCAAAGCCAUUGGUAAUAGUAAACAUUGGUGGACCAACAAGAAACUGUAAAUAUGAUCUGGGCCUUGCCAAGCAGCUGGUAAGCUCACUACACAAUGUUCUGAAGACCUGUGGAAGUGUCAGAAUUUCAUUUUCAAGGAGAACACCACAAAAGGUGUCUGAUCUCAUAUUGAAAGAGUUCAGUACACAUCCUAAGAUUUAUAUUUGGGACGGUGAAGAUCCUAACCCGCACUUGGGCCAUCUUGCAUGGGCUGAUGCUUUCAUCAUAACAGCAGAUUCUAUAAGCAUGCUUAGUGAGGCAUGCAGCACUGGGAAGCCUGUAUAUGUCAUUGGAGCCGUGCACUGCAGGUGGAAGUUCUCAGAUUUUCACAACCGUCUACGUGAGCGUAGGGCUGUCCGGCCAUUCACUGGGCUGGAAGAUAUGUCAGAUAGCUGGAGCUAUCCUCCCCUGAAUGAUGCUGCUGAUGUGGCUUCACGUGUUCGUGAAGCGCUUGCACAACGUGGAUGGAGGUUGGGUUAACAGUAACAGAAGUAGAGAAUGAAAACUAUUAUGCCAAAUUUAGAUAUUAAAGAACUUCAGUAUCACAGAAAUUUGGUAUUUAGUCAUGCCUGGCUUGCGAGGCAAAACCAUACUUGACUGAUUGUGCAAUUUGCAUGAAGCACACUCGGUUCCACAUAAGUUUUGAGGAACCAUACAUCCAAAGGUGUGAAAUCAUGACAUAUCCAUUCACCAUUGUAUUGUUCUGUUGUAAAGACCCCGAUUGAACUGCAAGUGGGAUUAGAUAUCACUGAAAGAGUUGGCCAUGGCAUCAUGGGACAUCUGCCA